AUGAACCUCCACCCCCGCGUCUCUAUUUCUGACCUCCGGCCGCAGCUCGCGCUCCCGACGUGUCUCCGUGGUGCGUUCGAGUGUUUGUGGGACUUUCAGGACGUUUCUCUGGACUUUUGUGGACCUGCUGAGCCGGUGUUGUUCCUUCAGAUCCAGGAGGAGAAGACCCCCCCCGCCGUGGCCGAGCCCGCCCCCCCCCUGCCCGGGGGCUUCCUGAAGCAGCUGGUCCGAGACUCGGAGAAGGAAACCAAGCAGAAGGAGCCGGAGGCCAAAGAGGAGAGACCGCCCAACAAGCUGAGUGACGGCCUGCUGCAACAGUUCCUCCUCCCGGACCAGACUCCUCCUCUCCUGGAGGCGGAGCAACUCCUCCACGACGGCCGGGCCUCCACCCAGAGGCCCAUCCGCUCCCCGGAGACAGGAAACGGGCCGGAGACCAGACAGGAAGUGACACCGAAGAGCAGACAGGAAGUGACACCGGAGACCAGAAAGGAAGUGACACCGAAGAGCAGACAGGAAGUUACACCGAAGAGCAGACAGGAAGUGACACCGGAGAGCAGACAGGAAGUGGAGCCUGACGUGAAGAUGGAGAGGAGCAAGAGGAAGCAGCAGCAGGAGGAGAAGGAGAGGAGGAAGGAGGUGCAGCAGGUGGAGAAAGGGAAAGAGGAGGUGAUGGAGGAGAGGCAGGAGCCGGAGGGCAGACAAGCGGACGCCAGUGUGACGGAGGUGAGAGAUGUUUGGUAUGAAGCCGGAACGGUGUGGUUCGUCCACAAGGAGGGGUUCACCCUCGCCACUCAGCUGAAGCCGGAUGAAGGGACUCCAGAACUCCCAGAAGGCCGAGUGAGAGUCCGGCUGCAGACGGACGGCUCGCUGCACGACGUGACGGAGGACGAGAUCGAGAAGUGCAACCCGGCGGCGUUGGACCUGAGCGAAGACCUGAGCGACCUGCCGAGCGUCAACGAGAGCGCCGUCCUGCACACGCUGACCAGCAGGGCGAGGGCCGGCAUGCCGCUGACGCACGCCGGGCCCAACCUGGUCAACCUGUGGCCCCCCAUGCAGGCCCUCAGCAAGACCCCGAGGUCUCAGCGGGGGGAGUCGGUGUGGGACCCCCCCCCCGCGCUGGAGGCCCUGGUGAAGCGGGUCUACGUGUCCAUGGUGGGCUCCAGGAGGGACCACAGUGUGUGUGUGUUGGGGCGCAGCGGCACCGGCAAGACCACCACGAGCCAGGCCUUCACCCUGGCCCUGCUGCGGCAGGCCGGGGCCACGGGGGGGGUCAGCGGGGAGCGUGUCCAGGCCAUGUUCACCGUGCUGAGGUCCUUCGGCUGCGUGAGCUCGCCGCACAGCGACGCUUCGUCUCGGUUCGCCUCCGUCUUCUCUCUGGACUUCAACCACACCGGGCGGGCCGCCGCCGGACACCUGCAGACGAUGAUGUUGGACAAAUGGAAAGUGUGUCAGAAAACUGACGGAGAAAGUAACUUCCUGGUUUUCUCUCAGAUGUUGGCGGGAGUCAACUCAGCGAUGAGGACCGAGCUGCAGCUCCAUCAGCUUCCUGAGUCAAACUCUUUUGGGAUUGUUCCUCCCACCAAGGUCGAGGAGAAACAGCGUGCGUCCGUCGCCUUCGCCAAGCUGCUGGCCGCCAUGGAAACGCUGAGCUUCUCCGCCGGCGAGCAGAAGGCGAUCUGGCACGUGGUGGCGGGUAUCUUCCAUCUGGGCGCCGCCGGGGCCUGCAAAGUGGGCAGGAGGCAGUUCGUGAACUUCGACAGCGCUCAGGCGGCCGGAGGCGUCCUCGGCUGCGACGGAGAAGACCUGCACACCUCCGUCUUCAAGCAUCACCUCCGUCAGCUGCUGCAGAGAGCCACCGGGGGCAGCAGAGGGAGGGCCGCCGAGGAGGGGGAGGGGCCCCGGCUCAGCGCGGCCCAGUGCGUGGGGGGGAUGUCUGCUGGUCUCUACGAGGAGCUCUUCACCUGCAUCGUGUCUCUCAUCAACAGGGCGCUGAGCUGCCCCCAGCUGACCCUGGCCUCCGUGAUGGUGGUGGACGCGCCGGGCCUCCGCAGCCCGAGGCACGCGGCGGGGGGGCGGGGCGCCGCGGGGGGGCGGGGCGCCGGCUGGGCGGAGCUGAGCCACAACUACCUGCAGGAGCGCCUGCUGGAGCAGUACCACACACACACCUUCACACACACACGGGAGAGAUACACACAGGAGAAGAUCCUGGUGGAGGUUCAGAGUCCAGAGGAGAGUCCGUCUGAUGUGGUCUCUGCUCUAGACCAGCAGCCUCCACAGGUCCGGGCGGCCGAUGGGGACCCCCGAGGUCUGCUGUGGGUCCUGGAUGAGGAGCUGGGGACCCCGGCCUCCAGUGAGAACAGAACCCUGGAGAGAGUCUGCCAGUACUACAGCAACACAGUGCGUCAGUGUGAGCAGCCCCUUCACUGUGAGGUGAACCACCUGAUGGGUUCUGACCCGGUCCGCUACGACCUGACCGGAUGGACCGGACUGAUCCAGAUCAACCUGUCGGCCCUGAACGCCCUCGGGGUCCUGCAGGGCUCCAGCAUAGCGGAGGUGAAGGCCAUGUUCACCCCCAGGAUCUCUCUGCCCCCUCUGUGUCGGGGUCUUGGGGGUCUUGGGGGUCUGGGGGGUCUGGGGGGUCUGGAGGCCGGCAGCCAGCGCUCCCUCCAGAGGAACGGCACCGUGCGCAAAACCUUCAGCGGCGGCGUGGCGGCCGCCCGGCGCCACAGCCAGAGCAUCGGGGUGAAGCUGCAGGCCGACGCCCUGCUGAACCUCACCCGGCGGGCGCGGCCCGUGUUCCUGCAGUGUGUGAGCGCCGAGCCGGACGGCGGCGGCGGCUUCGACGUGGCGGCGCUCCGAGGCCAGCUGCACGCCGCCCAGAUCCUGCCGGCGCUGCAGCUCCACCGCACAGGUUUCCCGGAGCACAUGGCGUUCUGUGACUUCCGCUGUCACUUCCAGGCGCUGGCGCCGGCCGUCAUGAGGCGCUACGCCUCCAUGUUCAUCAGCCACGACGAGCGCAAGGCGGUGGAGGAGCUGCUGGAGGAGCUGGACCUGGACCCCCGGAGCAUCGCCAUGGGCACCAGCAGGGUGAGGACCGGCUGA